GUGUUCAUAAUGUAGGUUACUGAAUUAUUAUUGUUAAACACAACUCAAUUUAUACAAAUCUAAUUGUAAAUGAAUUAUAUAAAAUAUGUAUUCUUAAAUCAUUUUAAUGGAUUUAGGAAUUAAAUUAAUCCUUAUCAGUCUUGUGUUCAAGUUGCCGUAUAGAUUCAGUGUGGGGUUCUUAGGAGCAGCUAGGAAAUCGAGUCGAGUGUUUAUUAACCAAGACUUAUUACGAGUAUAUAGAAAUUUAUUGAUAUUCUGAAAAAGGAAUGGAUUGAAAAUCGAACAGUCUGUUGCAGAAAUCCAACAGCAACAUAUAAUAAGAAAGUAUAAGGAAAUAGUUGUAUGUUUCAAACUGUUCGCAGAAUAUUACUUGAACAGAACGACACUAGACCAUCUACGUGGAAUAACACAUGAUUUGAAUAUUCACAUCUAAACAUUUUAUACUAUGUUACGAAGAUUUUAUAAUGUAACAUUUGGAUCUACGUUAAAUCGAUGUUACCCCCUUUGGAUGUUCUAUAUUCAGUCAGUUGGUUUAUUGCAGUAACAGAUUGCCAUUUUAGUCUUAACCGUUUCAAGGUAGCAGCUACGGUCGGGCAAAUUGAAAAAUAAAAUACACAUAAUGGGAACAUAUGAAUGACGCAAUAUAAAAUGGAAAUGAAUGUUACCAAAUGAUUGCAAAUUAGUUUGCGAGUAUCUUUUUCUUAUGAGAGUAUUUCGAGAGUGAAGGGGAACUCUCCCCACCUCGACUGUACCAGGGUAUAUAGGGUUCUAUAUAUAGUAGUUUCUAACUACUAUUAGCUCACAUUCAACUUGCAUACGCCGAUCGGUUUAGAAUAGCCGUAUUCAACUAUUUGAAUAAUAUCGAAAAGUUCUAAUUAGAUUACAUAUAUGCAUGCUUUACUUUUGACGUUUUUAUCAAUAGGACAAUCAUGUCUCUUGCUGGCUCACUGGACCUCCCAUGGAAUCAUUAUCAUUGAGCUUUAAUGGAACGAAAAAACACUGUACUGUGAUUCCCUUGUCUUCUGAGUAUUCUGGUAUUUGCGUAUAUUCAGUAUCUACAGUAAUUAGGAGUGGUGGACUCAAUACUCUCUGCCUAGAGCUACGUACCCAAGACCAAUCAAUUGGUGAAACAGCUCAAAGUGCAUCAUAUGAUUCAGUUGUUCUUGUUGGAGCUUACCGUAUUCGUCUGGAUGUAACCUCUUUAAUAAUGGCCUCAGUGAAUCCAGUUUCCUCAACAGGAACCACUAAAGCAAGCGUGUACAUCCCCAGAUCAGCCAUAUGAUAUUAUUAACUAUGAAAAAUAUGGAUGUUUUUUUAACCACUUUUCGGUUCCAUUCUAUUAAACAGAUUAUAAAGUUUUUAAAAUGUACUUGACAGAAAAUAUAACAAGAUAUAAACGAC